AUGAAAAAAAGAAAUUAUAAUUACCUUAAUUAUAAAGUUACGAUCCUAUCGCCGGACUCCAAGACUCCCCUCUCCGCCAAGGACAAAACCCGCGUCGCGCUCUCCCUCCUCAAAUCAGAGCAAAACCCUAAGAAAAUCCUCGAGAUCUGCCGCGCGGCGUCUCUGACCCCCGACCUCCACCUCGACCGCAUCGCCUUCUCUGUCGCCGUCACCAAGCUCUCCGAAUCCAACCAGUUCUCCUACGUCAAGCAGCUCCUCGACGAGCACCGCCGCGACCGCCCCGACCUCCGCACCGAGAAAUUCGCCGCUCAGGCUAUCGUCCUCUUCGGCCAGGCCAACAUGGUCGACGACGCGAUCGCCACCUUCAAGAAGCACCACGAAGACGCCGACUCCGAAUCCGGUUCGGUGAAGACGCUGAACGCGUUGCUCUUCGCCUGCGCCAUCGCGAAGAACUACGCCGAGGUAAGGCGGAUCUUCGUCGAUUUCCCUGCAAUCUUCUCAAUCAGUCCGAAUCUAGACACUUAUAACACCGGGAUCAAGUCGUUUACCGUGUCCGAUAGUUCGAGCUCGGUUUACUCGCUCCUGGGAGAGAUGAAGAAGAACAGAAUCAAGCCUAACGCCACUACUUUCUCCCACCUGCUGGCGGGGUUCUACAAGGAAGAGAAGUUUGAAGAAGUAGGGAAAGUUUUGGACAUGAUGAAGACAGAGUACUCGAUCUCCCCGGAACUGCUACCUACAAUGUCAGGAUUCAGAGCUUGUUAUAUAUAA